ACAGAGGAUGGAUUCCCGACUUCACUUUAGCACAAAAAGAGCAAUAGUUUGAUCAGAGGAGAGACAGUGAGGAAGACUGGGAGACAGCGCGGACUGAGUUUCAGCUCCUUUCAGCUUCUGGGUUUCUAAAUGCGCUACACAAAGUUUGUCCCUGAAGCUGCGGAUGGGUGACGACCACUCUCAGCGCUUCCAUGCAAGGAGACGAUGAAGAAUCACAACGGCAGCCCCAGACUAAACCACCAUCACCCGGCUAAUCACACCAGAGAUCGGAACGGUAGAAGGGGAGACUGGCUGUGGGCCGUUUGGCUGCGCUUCUCACUGCGUGAUUAUGGCUUCUGCAUGGCCGCACUGCUGCUCUUCAGCCUCGGCUCGCUCUUCUACCAGCUCAACGGAGGACCUCCGAGACUCCUGCUCGACAUGCGCCAGUAUCUCGGAGAAUCCACAUUCAUGGACGAUCACGGUCCCCCCGUCCAAAAGGUGCUGCCAUUCCCCAGUCAGGUGAUCUAUAAUCGAGUAGGGAAGUGUGGCAGUCGCACUGUGGUGCUGCUCCUCAGGAUUCUGGCUGAGAAACACCAGUUUAACCUGGUUUCCUCUGACAUCCACAACAAAACCCGGCUCACCAAGCACGAGCAGGUGGACCUGAUGAAAAACAUCAGCACAAUCCCACAGCCCUUCCUGUACACGAGGCAUGUUCACUUCCUCAACUUCACCAGGUUCAGGAUGGAGCAGCCUGUGUACAUUAACAUCAUCAGAGACCCCAUUAACCGCUUCCUCUCCAACUACUUUUUCCGCCGGUUUGGAGACUGGAGGGGCGAGCAGAAUCACUUGAUCCGCACACCUCGGAUGAAAGACGACGAGAGAUACCUGGACAUUAACGUGUGUAUCCUGGAGAAUUUCCCAGAGUGCACAAAUCCUCGUCUUUUCUACAUUGUGCCGUAUUUCUGUGGUCAGCAUCCUCAGUGCAGGGAGCCAGGUGAAUGGGCACUAGAGAGGGCCAAACAGAACGUCAUGGAGAACUUCCUGCUAGUGGGAAUUUUGGAGGAGCUGGAGGACGUGCUGCUCCUGCUUGAGAGACUGCUACCUCACUACUUCAGCGAUGUGCUGACCAUCUACCACAGCCCAGCCUUUUGGAAGGUGGGCAACCUAACAGGCACAGUAAAGAAGCACAUGCCCACGCUGGAGGCUUUGCAGGUGUUGUACCGCCGCAUGAGGUACGAAUACGACUUCUACAACUUCGUGCGUGACCAGUUCCACCUGGUCAAGAAAAAAAUUGGCCUCAAGUCGACACAUACAAGCUCGGUGCGAGAGCUUGACUUUCUGCGGGAGCUCGCCCUACAAACCAACGACCCACUGGACGAGGACGACGAAGAUGAGGAAGACGAUACUGCUCUGGAAGAUGCCAACAACUGGUUGGUGCAGCCUUGAAUGUUGGCACAAAGAAUCCCAGGAUUCAAGUGGAUAUAGCAUUCCCAAGAGCACUUUGUGUGUGUGUGUGUGUGUGUGUGUGUGUGUGUGUGUGUGUGUGCGUGUGCGUGUGUGCGUGCGUGUUGUGUGCAUGUACACAUGAUCAAGUGAUACCCGUAUUUUUAACGGGGGCAUUAUAAAUCCACCAGGACAGUUAAAGUGCAUGGAUGGACCUAAUUUAAUAUAUUCAAAAAUACAAAACAAAAGACAAUGUACAAAUGAAUUUAUCUUUUGUCUUUUUUUAAUUAAGAAUUCUUUUUGCUUUGUUUAAAAAAAAAAAAGGAAAAGAACUCAGAAAAAAAGAGUUUUUGUCAUUUGUUUAUAUAUCUGGUGUUUAAGAUUUGGGGGAGAAUAAAUGGAAGAACAUUUACAAUCAG